AUGACACGCCCUUGCUCCUGGCUGCCACUGCUGGCCGUUCUGCUGGCUUUGGUGGCUACCUCUCACGCCUUUCGUGCCCCCUCAUUCUUCGGCGCCCCGGGCAUCUUCGAUCCAUGGAUGGGCAUGGAUGGCUCUGCUGCCCGGUGGGGCAGCCACCAGCAGGGCUUGGGCGCCCCAUGGGCUCGCAGGCAUCCUCGCCAUCGUCACUUGCACCCAUUGGAGGACGCUGAGGUACAGGAGCGCCAACGCCAGCAACGCCAACAGCAACUGAACCAGCUACGCCAGCGCCAAGCCACUACUGCCCACGAACUAGAGGUCGAGGAGCACCGCUUGGCUCGCUUCAAGAAGGAGAUUGACGAUUAUCUGUCGCGCGAACGUGCGGUUUUAGAGGCCACCGUGCCUGGCACGCACCUCUAUUAUCGCCGCUUGCAAACCUACCGCCAGCAUCUGCAGCAAGGAGCCCGCGAGCUGCAACAGCAACAGCGUCGUGUAGAGAACUCGCGUCAUCAACUGCGCGAUAUCACUGCUGCUGUGGAGCGCCUUGCUGCCUCUCUUGGCAUGGACAGCACGACAUCUCAGGUACCCACCCACGAUGCUCACUCACACCCGUCUGAUAAGCCUUUGGACCAGCUCCCAGCUGCCCCAUCCCUCGAGGAACAACACGUAUCGACGCCCAAGGAAGCCAUGCCCCAAGAACAGGCCCCGAAACGCCAGCAACAGCAACAGCAACAACAACAACAACAACAACAUCACUUUCACCACCACCGCCACCAUCAUCAACACCAACACCAACACCACCAUCAACAUCAGCACGAGCAUGAACAUGAACAUGAACAUCGUCACGAACAACAGCGGCCUACCUUCCACACCCCAAAAUCUUCUCGUCCUCAACGAGAUCACGUUUUGCGCCGCCCCGCCGAGUUUGAAUUCGAGCGUGACGAGGACGGCUUGCUCUGGUAUCCAGGAGGUCUUUGGGUGGGUGAGGCAUCCGAUGAAAGUGCAGCAACCUCCAGUUCAACCUGCCAGACGCAAGCUUGCCGCGACCACCUCGCGCAUACUCAGGCCAUGGAAGAGUUUGCCCAACUCCUUGACCGCAACCUGCCCCCGGCGGGCACGGCAUAA